GGUAUUCCACGCAAUAAACGACGCGGUCACACUGCACACGACACCGCGAUUUAAUAAGAAAAAUUAGCAAAACUUUUUUAUAAACGCACAAUAUGGAGCCUUAUGAUGUCGUCGUCAAUCAGCCUGUGGUCAUUGAUAACGGCUCCGGUGUGAUCAAAGCCGGCUUUGCUGGCGAGCACAUUCCAAAGUGCAGGUUUCCCAAUUACAUUGGCAGACCAAAGCAUGUGCGGGUAAUGGCUGGCGCCUUGGAGGGCGACAUAUUUGUCGGUCCCAAGGCGGAGGAGCAUCGUGGCCUGCUAAGCAUACGUUAUCCCAUGGAGCACGGCAUAGUGACGGACUGGAAUGAUAUGGAGCGCAUUUGGAGCUAUAUAUAUAGUAAAGAACAAUUGGCCACCUUUACGGAAGAUCAUCCUGUUCUGUUGACAGAGGCGCCAUUGAAUCCGCGUCGUAAUCGCGAAAAGGCAGCCGAAUUCUUCUUUGAGGGCAUCAAUGCACCAGCGCUCUUUGUAUCCAUGCAGGCGGUCCUCAGUCUUUACGCUACUGGUCGUGUAACCGGUGUUGUGCUUGAUUCAGGCGACGGUGUGACGCAUGCUGUGCCCAUUUAUGAGGGCUUUGCCAUGCCACACAGUAUUAUGCGUGUGGACAUCGCUGGACGGGACGUGACGCGCUACCUGAAAACACUCAUACGACGGGAGGGCUUCAAUUUCCGUUCGACUGCCGAGUUCGAGAUUGUGCGUUCGAUCAAGGAGAAGGUGUGCUACUUGGCAACCAAUCCGCAAAAGGAGGAGGCUGUGGAGACUGAGAAGUUUGCCUACAAAUUACCCGAUGGCAAGACAUUUGAGAUUGGACAGGCUCGCUUCCGUGCACCAGAGGUGCUCUUCCGUCCCGAUCUGUUGGGCGAGGAGUGCGAGGGAAUACACGAUGUACUCAUGUAUUCCAUUGAGAAGUCGGAUAUGGAUCUCAGGAAAAUGCUCUAUCAGAACAUUGUGCUAUCGGGUGGCUCAACGCUUUUCAAAGGUUUCGGCGAUCGCCUGCUGUCCGAGCUGAGAAAACACUCGGCAAAGGAUCUGAAAAUCAGGAUUGCUGCGCCACAGGAACGUCUAUAUUCCACAUGGAUGGGUGGCUCGAUUCUGGCAUCGCUCGACACAUUCAAGAAGAUGUGGGUAUCGAAGCGGGAGUUCGAGGAGGAGGGUUUGCGUGCCGUGCACCGAAAGACUUUUUAGUUGGUUUAUUUAAUUAAACGCGUAUGUGUAAAAGGCUUAUUAAAUUCUGUAUCAAAUGAAA